GCCGGGCUCACAGCCAGCAGCAGCAGCAGCAGCAGUCCAGGGGCAGGAAAGCUGAGUGAGAACGUGAAGGCUAGCUCCCACUGUCAGGUUUUCUAUCUUCCCUUUCUGCCACAGACCCAACUGAAGUAAAGAACGUUCCAUCUUUGGGCCUGUUUAAUUUACUUUCCAAGAAAAAUUACCAUCCUCAUUGUUACGAUCAUCUUGAGAAGGUCCUACCGUAAGUUACAGGAAGCAUCUACAGCGGUGAAAAAGAACCUGAUCUUUAAGCAAGAUGACCACCCAGAUCGAGUCCAACAUUCAUUACAACUAUGAGUAUGAAGAGGAUGUAUACAUGAACCAAGAGGAGGAGUGGGACAGGGACCUGCUCCUGGAUCCGGCAUGGGAGAAGCAGCAGAGGAAGACAUUUACAGCUUGGUGCAAUUCCCACCUGCGGAAAGCUGGAACCCAAAUUGAGAACAUUGAAGAAGAUUUCAGGAACGGACUUAAACUGAUGCUACUCUUGGAAGUCAUUUCAGGAGAAAGACUUCCGAAACCAGAUAGAGGAAAGAUGCGCUUCCAUAAAAUUGCAAAUGUCAACAAAGCUCUGGAUUUUAUAGCAAGCAAAGGUGUCAAACUUGUCUCAAUUGGUGCAGAAGAAAUUGUGGAUGGCAAUGUGAAAAUGACCCUGGGUAUGAUCUGGACUAUCAUCCUCCGUUUUGCUAUUCAAGAUAUCUCAGUGGAAGAGACAUCUGCCAAAGAAGGACUGCUGUUGUGGUGUCAAAGAAAAACUGCACCUUACCGAAAUGUGAACAUUCAAAAUUUCCAUCUUAGCUGGAAAGAUGGCCUUGGUCUCUGUGCGCUUAUCCAUAGACAUCGACCAGAUCUUAUUGACUACUCCAAGCUUUCAAAGGACAACCCACUGGGGAAUAUAAACCUUGCCAUGGAGAUUGCUGAAAAACACCUGGAUAUCCCAAAGAUGUUGGAUGCAGAAGACAUUGUGAAUACUCCCAAGCCUGAUGAAAGAGCGAUUAUGACUUACGUUUCUUGCUUCUACCAUGCUUUUGCUGGAGCUGAGCAGGCAGAAACAGCAGCUAAUCGGAUUUGUAAAGUACUUGCUGUGAACCAAGAAAAUGAAAAGUUGAUGGAAGAAUAUGAAAAGCUAGCAAGUGAGCUUUUAGAAUGGAUUCGUCGUACAACCCCUUGGCUGGAAAACAGGACCCCAGAGAAGACGAUGGCAGCUAUGCAAAAGAAGUUAGAGGACUUCAGAGAUUAUCGCCGUAAGCACAAGCCUCCCAAGGUCCAGGAAAAAUGCCAGCUGGAGAUCAAUUUCAACACUUUGCAGACAAAACUACGGAUCAGCAACAGGCCAGCUUUUAUGCCAUCAGAAGGGAAGAUGGUAUCAGAUAUUGCCAGUGCUUGGCAAAGACUUGAACAAGCAGAGAAGGGCUAUGAGGAAUGGUUGCUGAAUGAAAUACGAAGGCUUGAACGGCUUGAACAUCUGGCUGCUAAGUUUAGGCAAAAGGCUACUUCACAUGAAACCUGGGCAUAUGGCAAAGAGCAGAUUCUGCAGCAGAAGGAUUAUGAAGCUGCUUCCCUGACAGAGAUCCGGGCUUUGUUGAGGAAACAUGAAGCUUUUGAGAGCGACUUGGCUGCUCACCAAGACAGGGUGGAACAGAUCGCUGCCAUUGCCCAGGAGCUGAAUGAACUAGACUACCAUGAAGCAGCAAGUGUCAAUGAUCGAUGUCAGAAAAUAUGUGAUCAGUGGGAUAGACUGGGAACCCUUACUCAGAAAAGGAGAGAAGUAUUAGAGAGGACAGAGAAACUGUUGGAAACAAUUGAUCAGCUUCACUUGGAGUUUGCCAAGAGGGCUGCUCCAUUCAACAACUGGAUGGAAGGUGCAAUGGAAGACUUGCAAGAUAUGUUCAUUGUUCAUAGUAUAGAGGAGAUCCAGAGUUUAAUUACUGCCCAUGAACAAUUUAAAGCCACUCUACCUGAAGCAGAUGGUGAGAGGCAAGCUAUUACGUCCAUCCAUAAUGAAGUGGAGAAGGUGAUUCAGAGCUACAGCCUCAGAAUAACUGCCAGCAAUCCUUACAGCACAGUCACUAUGGAAGAGAUCCGUACCAAGUGGGAUAAAGUCAAAGAACUUGUGCCUGUAAGAGAUCAAUCACUGCAGGAGGAGCUUUCUCGUCAGCACACAAACGAACGCCUGCGACGUCAGUUUGCUGCUCAGGCCAAUGUCAUUGGGCCCUGGAUCCAGAGCAAGAUGGAGGAGAUUGGCCGAAUCUCGAUUGAUAUUACAGGGCCAUUAGAGGACCAGAUGACCCAGUUAAAGCAGCAGGAGCAAAAUAUCAUUAAUUACAAACAUAAUAUUGACAAACUAGAAGGAGAUCAUCAAAUGAUACAGGAAGCUUUGGUGUUUGAUAAUAAGCAUACCAAUUACACAAUGGAGCAUAUCCGGGUUGGAUGGGAGCUGCUGCUCACCACCAUUGCCCGAACUAUCAAUGAAGUUGAGAAUCAGAUCCUUACAAGAGAUGCCAAAGGAAUCACCCAGCAGCAAAUGAAUGAAUUCAGAGCAUCAUUUAAUCACUUUGACAGGAAGAAAAAUGGGCUUAUGGACCAUGAAGAUUUCAGAGCCUGCUUAAUUUCAAUGGGUUAUGAUUUGGGUGAAGCCGAGUUUGCCCGAAUCAUGUCCUUAGUUGACCCCAAUGGUCAGGGAACGGUUUCCUUCCAAUCGUUCAUUGACUUCAUGACCAGAGAGACUGCUGAUACCGACACUGCUGAACAAGUUAUUGCUUCUUUCAGAAUCCUAGCCUCAGACAAGCCAUACAUUCUUGCUGAAGAGUUGAACCGAGAACUGCCACCUGAACAAGCUCAGUAUUGCAUCAAGCGUAUGCCAGCCUACAAGGGACCAGGAGCUGUUCCUGGAGCUCUGGACUAUACCUCAUUUUCAUCAGCGUUGUAUGGGGAAAGCGAUCUGUAAUUGGGAACUGUCACUGUGGGCAAGUCAAACUAGAUAUAUUCCAGCUUGCUCCUUGAAAACAUAAGCAAGCUGACCUCGCUACAAUCUCUCAAGUUUAGCAGGAACAAUCAGUAAGGAGCUAUGCCCACAGAGUAUGCAGCAUGAUGGGUUUUUACGUUGUUUGUAUGUACUUGAUCAAGCUUAUACAGUGACAGACUGUACUGGUCCUCUGCCUUAUCAGACUGUU